AUGUCCGGCACCGGGUGCCUCCCCGCCGACGGCGCCGCGGCCCUCUGCCGCGACGGCGCGGCGGCCGCGCGGCUCAAGACGGGGUCCCUGCUAGCCAUCCUCGUCGCCAGCGCCGUCGGCAUCUGCCUCCCCGUCGCGCUCACGCGCACCUUCCGCGGCAGUCCCAACUACGCGCGGGGCCUGCUCCUCGUCAAGUGCUACGCUGCGGGGGUCAUCCUCUCCACCUCGCUCGUCCACGUGCUCCCCGACGCGCACGACGCCCUCGCCAACUGCGCCGUCGCCUCGCGCAGGCCCUGGAGGGACUUCCCCUUCGCGGGCCUCUUCACCCUCGUCGGCGCGCUGCUCGCGCUCCUCGUCGACCUCUCCGCCUCCUCCCACCUCGAGGCCCACGCCCACGUCGGCGCCGACUCCGACGCCCACGGCCACGGCCACCAGGAAACGCCCUACGCCCCAAUCCCCAAGAAGGUCCCUGUGUUCGAGCUCGCCGGCGAGAUGAGCCCCAAGAAGCGCGCUUUCUUGGAUGACGACCGAGAAGAGGACUCCGCGCCGCACGCGGCCACCAACGGCGCCGACCCGGACCGCGACGACGUGGCGCUCUUCGGGCCCAAGAAGGGCGCGCGCAGCGACGAGGUCCCCGUCGUCGCUGCCGGCUGCCAUGGCGUCGCCCACGAAGUAGUGGAGGUAGGGGAGGGGCCCGGGGAGGACGAGGAGGAGGCCAGGAGGAAGCAGAAGAUGGUGUCCAAAGUGUUGGAGAUUGGGAUAGUCUUCCACUCCGUCAUCAUCGGCGUUACAAUGGGGAUGUCCCAGGAUGUCUGUGCAAUCCGGCCGCUUGUGGUUGCGCUCUCCUUCCAUCAGGUGUUCGAGGGGAUGGGCCUUGGCGGAUGCAUCGCACAGGCUGGUUUUGGGAUGGCAACAGUUGGCUACAUGUGCAUAAUGUUCUCAGUGACGACACCAUUGGGAAUUCUUCUUGGAAUGCUAGUGUUCCAUAUGACUGGUUACGACGAUAGCAAUCCAAAUGCCUUAAUAAUGGAAGGGAUCCUUGGUUCACUUUCGGCUGGAAUUCUCAUUUAUAUGGCGCUAGUCGAUCUAAUUUCUCUUGAUUUUUUCCAUAACAAGAUGAUGUCAGCAUCUCUGAAACUGAAAAAGGCAUGUUACAUUGCGUUGGUGCUUGGAUCGGCUUCUAUGUCAGUAUUAGCUCUCUGGGCAUAG